GCGCGUGCGCGGGCGGGCCGCGUGGCCUGGCGGGAGUGUGUGUGGCGGCCUCGCGCGCGGCAGGACAUGGCGAAGAGCCUGAGGAGCAAAUGGAGGAGGAAGAUGCGGGCCGAGAAGAGGAAGAAGAACGCGCCCAAGGAGCUGGAGAGGCUGAAGAAGAUCCUGGGAACCAAAGCGGAUGUCAUCAUGGAGGAGGUCAAGGAGGUGGCGACCGUGGUGCCCCCCGAGAAGGUCCUGGAGGCGAAAGAUGACUGCAAAAUGGAGCUGGAUAAUAAACGAAACAAAAAAACUCUUCUAGACCAGCAUGGACAGUACCCAAUAUGGAUGAAUUCCAGGCAAAGAAAGAAGCUCAAGGCCCAGCGUGUUAAAGGGAAAAAAAAAUCAAAAGUGGCCAAAGGCCUCGUCUGGUAAAAUCGGUUUUGUAAAGAUCAUGAAUAUUUUAUUUAACAAAAUAAAUUGUCCACAUAAAUUUAUGAGAUUUUGUGCUUGGUCACUGCAUAUAAUUUAUUGUGUCGAAUGAAUUUUUGAAGAGACUGUUUGGCCGGCAAAUGAUGAAAGAAAUUGCAGCUUGGUGUCUGCCAAACUUAAAAAGCAAGCUGAGUGCCUUUGAAUAACUAAUUGUGUGUGGUUAUGUGUUUUCCUGGGGGGGUGAGCGUCUUCAUCUUUUAUACUGUGAGCACCAAAAACAGUAAAGGAAAUCCUAAAAGUAAUUAAACCAAAUGGUUUUGUACUGUGGUCUUUGUCAGUGUGGCUUGUCUUUUAGUAAAAAUAGCCAAAGGUUUCUGUAAACACACAGUAUCCUUUAAAUCUUCCUGUAAAAUUUGUUGCACUGACUUGUGUUGCUUUUACCAUCUGAUAAUUAACAAAAAUAUAUUUUCAUAUGUAACUCCAAAAUUUUUAUGCUGAAACAACACCAGAGCCUCAUGAAAAUUCUGCAAGUAAAAUGAGAAAGUGUUAGUCUGACAUAAGUUCACAAAGAGAACAACAAAAUAUUUCAUUGCUGUCUGCAACAGAAAUACUGCAGGAACUAAAUAAGUGCAAGUACAACCAAUUAUUUUAUUAUUAAAAUGAGAACACAAAUGCACCAAAUGGAAAUAAAACAGUUUUAUUUAAGAUCUUCUCCAAGUUUAGUAAAGUAAAUGAGAAUUUUGCUUUCCAUAUAUAUUUUCAGUAGCCUUUUAUUCCUUUUAAAUGGUACUUACCUAUCCUGCUUUACAAUGUGUGCAUAGGAUAAAAUACUGCGUGAUUGUGUAACAGAUGCCAUUUGUGUGAUUAGCUACAUUUGGGUGCAUAUUACUUGGCAAUAACAUGUGAUGACGGAUGCAAGGCUUAGUUGCCCUGAAAGCUUGUUUUUAAAAUGUCUCUCAUUUCAAGGAUGGAAAUAAUUACAGUACCAACACUGCAGUAUGUUGCCUUUUCAAGUACCAGGCAUGGGUACAGGGCAUAACCUUUGUCCAGCUUCGUGAGAUGAGAUCAAUGUUCUGUGAUUACCCACAGAUUGUGGUUUGUAUCCAUUAUGAUAACUUGGGCACAGGAAAGAAGAUCUGUUAUUUUAAUUACACUAGGUUGUAGUAUGCUAAACUCUGGUAAGAUGAGCUCAGUGUGAUAGAAAAUUAAGUUUUUCUGGAAAAAAAAUGUGGACUUAUUACUAUUGUUAGGGAAAGGUACAUAAAUUACAACAACGUUAAAGGAAAAACCAAUGUGUCUUCUAUUUUCACAUAAAUUGACAUUUAAUGACUUGGUAAGAUAUAUAGGGAUAGGGGGCAUAUUACCAAAUUAUAUGCUAUUGAUAACUUUAUAUUUUAAAAAUAUUUCCA